AUGCUGCGUGUAUUCGCCAGGUCUUUCGCAAAGUAUAUCCGUGAUAAGCCUCACUUAAACGUAGGCACCGUAGGACACAUUGAUCAUGGUAAAACCACGCUCACCGCCGCUAUCACACACUACCUCCAUCAAAAAGGUAUGGCCGAAGAACGAACAUAUGAACAAAUUGAUUGCGCUCCAGAAGAAAAAGCCAGAGGUAUCACAAUCAACACAAGUACUCUUGAAUACCAAACAGAUAAGCGGCAUUAUUCACAUAUGGACUGUCCAGGCCACGCUGAUUAUGUAAAGAAUAUGAUUACAGGUGCAGCAAGAAUGGAUGGCGCCAUUCUUGUCGUCUCUGCAAGAGAAGGUCUUAUGCCACAGACAAGAGAGCAUGUCCUGCUUUGUAGACAAACUGGCGUUAAAAGCAUCGUGGUUUUUAUGAAUAAAUGUGACUUGCUACCAGACCCAGAACUGCAAGAAAUCGUAGAAAUGGAAGUCAGAGAAGUCCUUAACAAGUAUGAAUAUGAUGGUGAGCAUACCAGGUUUGUAAAAGGAUCAGCUUUAUGUGCAUUGAAUGAGCCUGACUCAGAGUAUGGAAUUAAAAAAAUCCAAGAAUUGCUUGACGCUAUGGACGAUUCUUUGGUGAUCCCUGAAAGGCCCAAGGACAAGCCAUUCUUUUUAAGUGUUGAAGGAAGCUACAAUAUUGCUGGGAGAGGCUGUGUGGUCACUGGGACUAUUGAGCACGGAGUUAUCAAGCCAGGUGCAGACGCUGACCUUAUUGGAAUUAAAAAAGACCCUGUCAGAACUGCAGUAAUCAGCGUAGAAACCUUUAAAAAAACCUUAGAUGUCGGAGAGCCUGGAGAUAACGUCGGUGUACUAUUAAGAGGUCUAAGAAAAGAAGAUAUCCAUAGAGGGCAAGCCGUCACCCCACCAAACACAUAUCAAACUAACUUUAACUUCGAAGGGCAGCUCUACGUCCUAAAAGAAGACGAAGGUGGCAGGAAAAAGCCAUUUUUCUCUGGAUUUGCCCCUCAAUGUUUUAUUAGAACUGCUGAUAUUCAGUCAAAAAUUUUGUUCCCAGAAGAGAAAAAAAUGGCUGUAGGAGGAGACCAUUUCUCUGCUAAAUUUAAAUUGCAGAUGCCACUUCCACUAUAUGUCGGGGCAAGAUUUGCAUUGAGAGAAGGAGGGAAAACAGUUGGUGCUGGUGUUAUUACGAAAUUGUUACCUGAUGAAGAAGAAGAUAUACAAGGGGAAAAAAAUAGAAAGAAAAAGGCAGGGCCGGGAGCUGGAGCUAAAUCUUAACUUAACUUAAAGAAUCUAUACGUUUUCGUCCACUACGGGGUAGCGGUUACCCAGAGCUGCCACCAUUUUUACGUGUGUCGGGCCCACAGACCGCUGGGCCAGCCUGCUUUGUUGCACCAAGGCACGCUUGGAAAUGACGUUCCCGGCUUCGACGGCUCAUGAGUGAGCGACUUCAUCUUGCUUCCUUGACACCGUGUGACGACUAAAGGCUCCUUCGCUGCCGCAGGAUGGAAGUGGAAAAACCACAGGCCUUCAAGCUCCCUAAGGGCUGGUCAGACAGACUAGCCUCAGCCGGGAUAGAAUUCCCAUGUAAAACCAAGCCUCAUAAUCAUAAAAUACAGAAUGAGUGGUGCCGAUCGGGAGAUCGGUACCGUACGAAUGUCGCCAUUUUAUGAUUAAGCUGGAGCUAAAUCACCAAGUAAGAAGUAA